ACUGGAGUUUGUUGUACAAGAACCUCUUAUUGCUGAGUACGAGCUUGUUUUCCUCAUAUCUCGUUGAUGUCAGUGGUUACGUACGUAUGAUCUCGCUUACUACUGAUUACAAAACUCAAGAACUUGUUAUGGGUCUGCUCCGGCCCGCUUGCGAUCUCGGCUCCCACUUCCGGCCGUCGAAGGGUAAAAACAGGGAUUUGAUUGGGAGAUGUGCGCAAGAGGGGGUUAGGGGCAUCUCGGACCUAGAGAUCGCUAAUCUUGCAUUGGCCGCCAGUGAGGAGAAGAAACUGAGGGAUUCUUGGUGGACGGUAACCAAUGAGGAGUCGGAGGGAGAAGGUGCGAACGAGGAGUCGAGUGAGGAGGAGGGAUCGGUGGAGGAAAAGAAUUCAGAAACCGGCGGAGUUAAGAAGCACAAAACCGUGGCGGAGAAAGUAAAGUCCGCCACGGUCAGCCGGGAUAGAACGGGGGAAGCUAUGAUAUCGGAAGAAGAGAUAGCUGAUAUCAUCAGGAAGAGGAAAGACACGGAGGGGCAAAGGAUAACGGCCGAUAGGCUGGCCAAAAUGGAUAUAGGAGAUGGGAAUCUCACGGAGGAAGAAAAAGAAUUCAUAGCAAUGACCUUAAGGGGCUGCGAUAAGGCCAUUGCCUUUGAUGACUCGGAGAGGGGGAGAAUCGACCCGAGGUAUGCUAAGCCGGCACAGAUCCAUACGGUUCCGCACGUGCCCUGGAAGGAUAGGCCUCAAUGGAAGUACGCUCAAAAGGAGAAAGAAGAGAUAGUGGCCUUCAUCAAGGAAAAAAUCAGGACAUUCGUUGCGGAACCUUGCGAGAGUGCCUACUCCAAUAAGUGGUUCUUUCUAUGGAAGGGAGACAGCAACAAACUAAGAUGGAUCCAGAACCUCCAGAGGACCAAUGCAGUCACCGUAAGAGACGUGGGGUCUAUACCUGAGGCCGACUUACUAGCGGAAGGAUCGGCGGGUCGCUCAAUUUACUCGAUCUGCGACCUCUUCUCGAGAUAUGACGAGAUCCCCUUAGAUUACAGGGACAGGCACAUGACCGACAUGCAUGCACCCUUAGGGCUGGUUCAAAUGAUGGUGGUACCGAUGGGUUGGACGAAUGGGGUAGCCGUAUUCCAAAGGGCCAUGAUCGCGGUCCUCAAGGAGUUCAUACCAGAGAAGGUGGAGGUCUUCCUGGAUGAUUUCCCUAUAAAAGGGUCGGUCGAGCGGGACGAGACUGAGGUUUUCCCAGGGGUUAGAAAGUUUGUGGCCGACCAUAUGAAAGAUGUGAGGGACGUCCUUGAGAAACUAGACGACGCCAACCUUACGGAUUUCUCAUUGACAGAUCCGACCAUCGCACGCUGGAUGAUCCAUAUCAGGCUUUAUGACUAUAGGGUCGAAAGGAUAUCGGGGACCAAGAACCAGGUCGCCGAUGGGUUGUCCCGGUUUCCCAUUCGAGAGGAGGACUUGCCUAGGCUUAAGGAGGAAGAAGAGACAAUGGCCGAAGAGACGAUAAUGAAAGUCGCUGCGAAUAGGACGCUAGUAGCAGGGAACAGCCACGAAGAAGGAGGCCUGAGGACUUUUUUCGCGAAUCUCUACGACGGGAAGUACCGAGACAUAGGGCUUUACUUGGCCGGUAGGGGAACAGGGACUGAAAGGGUCCAGCAAGAGGCACUGGGAUAUUGCCUGCGGGGAGGCCACCUCUUCAAAAGACCCACCAAGUUCGCGAUAUCCAUGAGGGUGCUGUGUGAUCCGGAAGAGAAAAAGGUUGUUAUAGAAGAGUUACACGAUGGGGUCGUUGGGGGUCAUAGGGGGGUGAAGGGCACUUUAGAUAAGGUCCGCAGGCUCUACUGGUGGGACGAGCAAUAGAAGGAGGUGGAAAAGUACUGUUCCACAUGUGAGGCUUGCCAGAAGAGGGCGACGGUUUGAUAUAAGGAGUCCUUGGUUCCUUCACUCCCCUCGGUUCCGGGCGAGAAGGUCCAUACAGACUUAGUAACCAUGCCGAAAGGGUUUGGCGGGCUUCGCUAUAUAAUCAACGCCAGGGAUGACC